UUGUUUGUUUACUUUUGGUGGGCCCAUACACGCUUCGAAAACUCGCUUGCGACCCGUUGUUGCUUUAUUCUUUACGGGUGGAUGAAUGGAGUGAAAACAAUUUAUCAUCAACAGCCCCAGUCAGCUCAUACACUGAAAGCCAAAUGUUUGAUAAGACAUCCACACAACGCCAUGUAAUCAGUCGUGGGUAAGAAGAUGCGUUUGUGUCGCAUAAAGCAGUUCAUUCGGAGCUAGAGCACCACCAAUUGUUAGAUGAGCUGUCGCAUCCGGGAGAGUUGGAUCGUAGUUAGCAUUUGCGUGGCAAACGUGUGACCAUACUACAAGGCGGUAUUCGGUGCGUAUUCUUCCAAGCACACGUAGCAAACAAAAAAUCAUGGCGCUCAGCAUACUCGUUACGGGAGGUGCCGGCUUUGUCGGAUCGCACACCGUGCUGGAACUGUUGAACGCUGGCCACGCGGUCAUUUGUGUGGAUAACCUUUGCAACGCAUACGGUGGAGGAACGGCGGAAUCGAAGCUGCCAGAAUCGUUGAAACGGGUGCAGGAAAUUACGGGUGCUAGUGUAACCUUCUGUGACGUGGACAUUCGGGACCGUGAUGAAUUGCGGAGUGUUUUCAAAAAGCACAAAAUUGAUUGUGUUGUGCAUUUUGCUGCACUCAAGGCCGUCGGUGAGUCGUGUCGAAUUCCAUUGAAGUACUAUCAAAACAACAUUACCGGGACGAGCAUUCUGCUGGAAGUGAUGGCAGAGGCUGGCGUUUUUAAGAUAGUGUACAGCUCGAGCGCCACCGUGUACGGUGAGCCACAGAAGCUGCCCUUGACGGAGAGCCAUCCGACGGGCAACUGUACCAACCCGUACGGUAAAAGCAAAUACUUUACGGAGGAAAUCAUGAAGGAUCUGUGCGAAUCGGAUCCACGCUGGACGGUCGUUUCGUUGCGCUACUUUAAUCCGGUCGGCGCACACAAAUCAGGCCGAAUCGGAGAGGAUCCGAACGGUGAACCAAACAAUCUGAUGCCAUACAUCUCCCAAGUGGCCGUUGGACGGCGUGAGUGUUUGCGCGUGUUUGGCAACAACUACGAUACGCCGGACGGAACCGGUGUGCGCGAUUACAUCCACAUCGUCGAUCUGGCCGAGGGACACGUGAAAGCAAUCGAUAAGCUGGCCGGUGGCACGAUUAGUGGGUUCUGUGUGUAUAAUCUUGGUACGGGGCGCGGGUACUCGGUGUUGGAAGUAGUUAAAGCCUUCUCGAAAGCAUCCGGAAGGGAGGUCAAGUACGAGAUUGUAGAUAGACGUCCUGGAGAUGUUGCGGCCAGCUACGCGGACGUAUCGCUUGCCGCCAAAGAGCUCGGAUGGACCGCAAAACGGGGGCUGGACGAGAUGUGCGAAGACACCUGGAACUGGCAGAAAACUAAUCCCAAAGGAUUUGCUGGAUAGCUGGGGGAUGGAACACGGGACCACCGGGUGAUCUGUCACUAAUUGCACCAAAGUUUUCGUUGCAUUUGCAGCCAUAUAAUUCGCUAACUAAUUCCUUUCGUACAACCCACAAUGCUUUUAGUUGCAUUUCCCCAUGGAUGUAUCGCUUUUUAGAACGAUAGUUAGUAAAUCUUUAAGAGCUUAAAUAAAUCAACUAAGCCCAAA